CCGCGGUCGCGCCGCUCUUUCCGGUGUGGCCGCUAAGAUGGCGACUCCCAUGCACCGCCUCAUCGCGCGGAGACAGGCGGAGGCAAACAAGCAGCAUGUAAGAUGUCAGAAAUGUUUAGAGUUUGGACAUUGGACGUAUGAAUGUACAGGGAAGAGAAAAUACCUGCACAGACCUUCGAGGACAGCUCAAUUAGCAAAAAUCCUUAAAGAAAAAGAAAAGCAACUAUUGCUGCAGCAAAGCACUGGAGAAAGUACUGCAGAAAAGAAGGCCAAGAAGAAAAGAUCUAAAAGUGUGACCAGCUCCAGCAGCAGCAGCAGCGCCAGCUCAGCUAGCGAUUCUUCAUCAGACAGUGAAGAUUCUUCUACCUCCUCUUCUGAUGAUGAUAGUGACAGUGACGAGAGCUCCUCUACUUCCUCAUCUUCUCCAUCCUCAAGUAGUUCCUCCUCCUCUUCAGAGUUUGAAUCGGAUUCUAGUUCCUCCAGCAGUAGCAGCAGCAGCACAGACAGUAGCUCUGAGGAUGAGCCACCAAAGAAAAGGAAGAAGAAAUAGCGUGGUGCAGGGUGGACCUGAUGGUUAGUGAGUGGGAACGCUCUGCCAAGAUGUCUUCAGCACACAGCUGCCAAACAGUUUAACCUGUCAACAUUUCUACUGCUGAACCUUUCUAAGUGUUUUGCGUAGCUGUUCAUAGGCCAUGGGAGGUGUUAGGGGGCACGUGAGACUUCCUGAAAGAGUAUUUUUGUGGUUUAUCCUUUUAUGGAAGAUUUUACUUUUUUAGUUGAAAAAUCUAUCAUCAGAUUUGUUUAUAUGAGCUAAGGUCCAGUCACCUGGAUGUUUACAUGCUGGAAAGCAACAGCUUUUAACUGCACAUCAUGCUGUGCAUAAUCCACUACUACUCUGUUCAUGACAGCUUCACUGACAGGUGGAAAACCCUCUAGACUAUUCAGAGCAGGAGUUUCAUGCUGCUGGCUGUAGAUCACUGUUGUUGUGGAAACUUGAGUGUUGCACACAGAGGGCUUUCAUCUUGCUGGUAACAAACGUGUUAGACACCGCUGAGCUUUUCCUGAGGCUUCCAGGUUGAGUCUUAACUGCAACAUAAAACUAGUGUUCAUGUGUUAAUGAUCAGUAUGCUACUCACUGUACAGAGCUUUUAGUCUUUUCAACUCGCCUCUUUCCUUAGCUCAUGUGUUUGUAGUAAUUUGUGAGACCCAAAGUGUCUGUUGCAGCAGGGGGUGUGUGAGGAAAGGAGCAGUGCACAGUGGGAGAGUUAGGACUGAUGCUGCUUAGGAGUUUCAUCUUUGUGCCUUUUUUUGUAAAAUAAAUGUAUCCCAGCGAGAGAAGGGCUUCAGUGGGUGUUUUUCACAACUCCACUGGCUUUCUAUAUGGAAAUAGGGUCAGUAAAACCAGGGAAACAGUAGUGGCAAACAAAACCAGGCACUAUUUUCAAGGAGGUAAAAAAAAUGCUGUUUUCACUGGAUGCUCUGUAAGAAGGAGUCGCCUUUAAACAGAGUUUCCCAAAGGAAUGUGUUUCCCUUUUGAUAGUUUUACAAAAACCUGUUGUGUGAUGCAAGAUGACCGGUCGUGUUGUUGGGCACGUGGUGACUGGUGUUAGUCUGCGUGUCAUCAGUCCAUUAUCUUCACGUGAUAGUGCGCAUGUGUCUGUGAAAAUCUGGCGUGGGAGAAGCAAGUUAGAAGCAGAACCAAACCAAACAAAAGCAAACCCUAAACAUCCUGUACCGCCAAACAAGUAGUGCUGGUUGCACAGUGAGAGUUAUUUGUUCUUCUGGUGGUUUGAAGCAGUCGGCGUUAAGCGUUUGUGAUGCAGUCUCCUGAAUUUCUUAUUGUUGCAGUGCCCUUUUUUGGGGAGGGGGCGUCAUAUGUGGAAGAAUUCUUAAAUCUCUUGUUGAGGUAAAAUAUAGUAACUAAAGUAUUUUUUAUAUUUUUAUGGACUAAGUAGUGUGUAGAGUUCCUUUGGAAUAAAGCGUGCUUAUUUAAA